ACGAACAGUCCCUUACUAAUUAAAACUUGAUUCCGAUAUUUGUUGUGUUUGUCUCAAUGGGCUAUCUGUAGAUGGGUAUCAGCUCUCAGCCAUUCAUACUAGUGUGCAGAACCAGCAAUUCAUACUAGUGUUCAGAACCAGCAAUUUCAUCACUCACUCACUGCUUUUCUUGUUGAAGGAAGGGCCUGAUGGCGGAUGUCGUCGUGAACGUUACUAGCCUACUACAGCUGUUCCAGAAGUGCCUCAAAUGCAGCAGUGAUGCCUGCAGUGUUGCUAUGGAACGCAAGGGACUCCUCUUCCACGUGGUACAGCAGUGCUGGGGCUGUGGCAACACCAGGAACUGGGCGAGCCAUCCUCCAGACCAGCCAGCCCCAGACCACACACCCCCUGACCAGCAGCUCACAGACCCUGACACUUUAGAGAUGGCAGAGGAGCCAGUGGGGUGGGCGUUCAAGGACACAUGCAUGGAGGAGGAGAUUACCGGGGAGGAGGUGGCGGAGGAUGAAGAGGAGGAGGAGGAUGAUGAAGAGGAGGAAGAGGAAGAAAAACAACCAAAAAGAAAGAGGAAAAGAAGGGACAGUGAUGAAGAGUGGACUCCGAAUUUGAGAGAGGUCUUAGAGGCGUCAGAUGAGGAUUCUGAAGGUGUUGAUGAAGGGGAGGAGCAUAUUCUCCAGGUUGCGUGGUGCUGUGACUGUGGAGAGGAGGCCAGUGCCCGCUGCUUCAAGCAGAAACACCUGCAGCGCUACUGCUGCGUUAAGUGCGGCUACAGGGGCGGUGACCAGGAGCUGGACUGCACAGACGGCCAACAAACCCAACGCACCAUCAGCCCAGAGGCCCCUACUGCUGCAGACCAAGAGAGCUCUUGUGAUGUUAGCCAAGCAGCUGAACACGCAUGCAGCCCAGACGCCAACCGCAGUAACAAACAAACUGCUUCCAGUGAUCGUCUUGAAGAUUCCAAUAGCAUUAGUAGUGAAGAGGUCAUCUCUUCUGCCAGCCAGCAUGCCAUCACCAGUAGCAUCCAGGAGGCAACCAGCAAUGGAGUUAAUGAGUUAGGCAGCAGCUGUAGCAUUAGAGAACAGGGUUCUGUGGGCAGCAGCUGUAGCAUUAGAGAACAGGGUUCUGUGGGCAGCAGUGACCACGGAGGCACCAGAAAUGAAAGCCCAGAAGACACCAGCAGUAGAAAUCAGGACAUUAACAUUGCGUCUCAAGUCGAGUCGUCUAACAGCUGCCACCAGGAAACUAGUGCAGCAAAUGAGGAGAGACGGAACCCUCCAAAAUAUGCCGUCUACUUCAAUGAUCCGUACAGCCUACAGACCCAUAUGGAACAGUUACAUGGUGGUAAACGUGAGCUUUGUCCAGACUGUGGCAAAUUCCUCAUCAGGCGGGAUGGCCAGACUGCGCACAUCUGUGAUCACAAAGUGAAGCCGUUCUCGUGUCUGACUUGUGGAAAGCGCUGCAUCAAUGAGGCAGGCCUCCGUCUGCACAGUCAGCUGCACACUGAAGACUAUGUGCUUCCCUGUCAAUGCUGCUACAAGAAGUUCAGGUUCCAGAAAGACAAGCGGGAGCACGAGGAGACCCACAAGGGGGAGAGCCUGAAGUACCGCUGCUCCGAGUGCCCCAAACGGUUUGCAGAUCGCUCCAGUCGUAGUGGUCAUAGGAAGACUCACUGGAAACAUGGCAGGUUCUUCUGCAAAGUUUGUAACAAAGGCUUCCCUGAGCUCUUUAAACUUCAAAGGCACGAGGUGGUACAUACAGGACUGAAGCCCUUCAGCUGUGAGCUCUGUGAUAUGUCCUUCAACCAACGAGGACACCUUAAGUCCCACAUGCGCCUCCACACAGGGGAGAAACCCUUCAAGUGCCAUGACUGUGGGCAGUGCUUCAACCACAAUGUCAGCCUCAAGAACCACAUCCAGCGCAAACAUGGAUCAGGAGCUGAGGGGGGAGAGGGAGAAGAUUGGGGAUGACUGGACCAGGGGAACUGGGUGUGAUGACCAAAAAGAAUAGGUGCCCUAAGGCAACAGGGAAAAGCAAAUUGUAAGAAUUUGGUCGUUAUGUCUUUAUAAUUGUGCCUUGUGGGCACCUUCAUUUCCGUAAAAUUGUAAUACAUGUUUUUUUUUUUUUUCUUCAUCUUGGUUGGGUUCGGAUAACUAGGUGAAAGUAGAACCUUUGUGAGUGUUUGAACAGUACUUGAUGUAAAUUAUUUUAUUGUCCCUGUUGGGACAUUUGUUCUUAGUUCAGUCCUGCAAUUCCACAAAACAUGCAUAAAACAUACAUAAAGACAGAAACCUCUCGCCUACAGCACACCCACAGUUAAGUAUACAGAUAUCACUAAUGGCACAUAUACACACACUAUUGCUGAUAAUGUUGACCCUUUGCACAGUCCCACAUGGCUAACAUAAACAUUAUUACUGUUAAAAACGUAACGCCCUCAUAUGCAGCAAUCAAUUAAAAAAAUAUGUUUUGCUUAUA